AUGCCCGUCAGCAAGAGUUUAUCAAGAUUCUCCUGUACUAUCUUCAUCGAAGUCUCUGCGAACCCGUUUUUGGUUGAAACUUCGCUUGCACUAGAUAUUGCUGGUAAAGAAUGCUUUUUGGCUUUAUCAGCUUGCCUUGCAUUUUAUCACUCGGCGCAUGCCACGGUCUAUCUCGUGACUCGCAACACUCGUUUUGCAUUCACUUACAAAUUAUUUGGGAUUUCUCAAAAUCUGUUCAUCCCAAUCUUCUUAUUGGCAUGCUUCAAUUUGUAUUCUCUCGAUACACCUCUGCUUUCCGAAAGUCAGACGUGGUUUGGCUGGAUGGCAAGCGUUUUGAAAAGAGUUCCAGGAUGGUGGCAAAUGAUCUUGACUUGGUCUACUCCAAUCUUUGUUCUGCUUGAAGGCAUAUCUACUCUACUUUGUAUACAAUCCGUUGGACAAAUUUCUCGGUUCAUCGUCGAAUCCCGGAACGAAUCAUAUUCUUUCUUGUUCCUCAUCACCUCUGCUGCGAUUUAUGUCGGUUCGGCGUAUUUCCUGUUCAAUUCUUAUUCCUACUCGGCCCGUGAGAGUUUAUCCGCUACGUUGAUUGGAGUAAGUGUGACGAGUGUGGUAUUCUUGAGUGGGAUCGCAAUCAGCAAUCGGAAGGGCAACGUAGUUGAGACGAGCUUGAUGAUGGCUUACCUGAGCUAUAACAUUUACUGGCUUUCGCCGGAAAAAUUGGAUCCAGUCUCCUUCUUUAGCUCAUUCAAGUCCACAGUUGAUCCACCGCUACCGCCUAUGAUUCUUAGGUCUGCCACAACCAUCAUGAGUUUUAUCUCGACCACGUUUGGGGCCGGGUUGGAUUUUUUAUUAGCAUGCUCUUCCGCUCUUCCAUUACCGGUAUUUAUCAAUCUACUGUAUAGAUUGGUAGUACUCUAUGGCGCAAGUCGGAUUGUGGUGGCGAUCAAGCGUGCGCAUGGAGGCUUUGAUUACACGCGCAGGCUAAGUGAUGAAGAACCAAUGAUUCGCAUCAUGACAGUUGUCUUAUCAUACUCAAGGUUGAUUUUGAUAUCAGUUUAUACCCAUCUAUUAUUAGUCAACAACGAGGGACAUCAAGUAUUUUGGAGAUGGACCAAUGUAUUUGUGACACUUGGAUUAUGGGGGGUGGAAUUGAUGAUCGGCAGAGAAGAUGGUGACAAUGAUAGUAUUGUAACAGGCCUAGGGUUAAAAUUUGAUUGAAGCUGUAAAACAAAAUGUAUGCGUUUUUUCUUUGGUGUGCUCGAUUUUUUUUUUGGUUUAAAUUAACGGGAGAGAUUGCUGUGGGAUGAUUAUGGAACGAGAGGUCACGAUUAUGAGGAAUACAAAUCAGUGUACCACUUGACUCAGUUACUAUCAAUUGGAAGUUUUGAUAUCACCGGAAAAUCUGAUAAUACAUUCAAUUUCCAACU